AUGGUUAUAUUCAUAACAGGGCCAGAAAAUGAGGGAAAUGCUGUAGGCUUUUAUGGGGUGACUAGGCCUGGAAGGUCUCUUGUGGAUGAAAUUGCUGCUGAACCAUUCGAGAACUCACCUUUUCCCUUAGCUGCAGAGCGAACACGAAGAAAAGACCCUCUCGACGACUUCACAAAGUACACAAACGGAUGGAAUAUCAGUGACCACCAUUAUUGGGCUUCUGUGGCAUUUACUGCAGUUCCUUUGUUCAGUGUUGCAGCAAUCUGGUUCCUGGGCUUUGGCUUGUGCCUUUUGAUCAUCAUUGUUUGUUACUUCUGUCGUCAAAGAGAGCCUUAUGGUCAUUCUCCAACAUGCUAUACUCUUUCCCUUAUUCUCCUGAUAGUAUUCACAUUUGCAGCAAUGAUUGGAUGUGCAGUUCUCUAUGUUGGGCAAGGAAGUUUUCAUAAUAGCAUGACAUCUACAUUGCAGUAUGUCGUACACCAAGCUGAUUCUACUGUGGAUAAACUUAGGAAUGUGUCGGAUUAUCUUGCUCAAGCUAAGCAGGUUGGAAUCGAUCGAGUUUUUCUCCCUACGAAUGUUCAAACUGAUAUUGACGAGGCAGAAACAAAUAUCAAUGCCUCCGCUAGCACACUUGCUGAUCAAACAAAGGAGAACUCAGACAACAUACAAGAUCUCUUAGAUUCAGCGAGGCUGGCGCUUAUCAUAAUAGCUGCUGUUAUGCUAGUCUUAACAUUUCUUGGAUUUUUGUUCUCAAUUUUUGGCAUGCAGCUCCUUGUGUAUAUCUUGGUAAUCGCAGGAUGGUUUCUUGUUACUGGUACCCUUAUAUUAUGUGGCUUGUUCCUUCUUCUCCAUAAUGUGACAGCAGACACUUGUGUAGCUAUGAAUGAGUGGAUCCAAUAUCCCACUGCAAAUACAGCUCUGGACGAUAUUCUACCCUGUGUGAACAAGGCCACUGCACAGGAAACAAUGUUACGAAGCAAAGAAGUAACUUCUGAACUAGUCAAUUUGGUCAACCAGGUUAUUACCAAUGUCUCCAACAUAAACUUCGCCCCCAAUUUCACGCCACUGUACUAUAACCAAUCUGGUCCCUUAAUACCGCUCCUCUGCAAUCCAUUCCAUCCUGACAUGACGGAUAGACAAUGUGACGCUGGUGAAGUGGGCCUAAACAAUGCAACACAGGUGUAUAGCAACUUUGUGUGCCAGGUUUCACCAUCUGAGAUAUGCAUGACCCAGGGGCGUUUAACUCCUAGCUUCUACAAUCAAGUAUCCGCUGGAAUAAAUGUGGGUAACGCCUUGUAUAAUGAUGCUCCGUCCCUGGUUGAGCUACAAGAUUGCACCUUUGUUCGGGAAACUUUCAGUGAUAUAUAUAGGGACCAUUGUCCUGGUCUACAACGUUAUAGUAGAUGGAUCUAUAUUGGAUUGGUAAUGGUCUCUUUUGCUGUGAUGUUUUCCUUGAUCUUCUGGGUUGUGUAUGGAAGAGAACGGAGACAUCGUUUAUAUACAAAAAAGUUGAAAGACUUGACUCCUGCACCAGCAACAGAUCAAGCACUAGCACUAGCCCGGAUCCCUGAAGGGGACAAGGAUAAUUAA